UGUUUACAUUUUGUUAUUAUUGGCCAGCAGAAAGAAGUGCAACAGCGUUUUUGGAAGACAAAUAGUUUAAUUUCUUAUUUUUGAAAAGAAAUAAAAACAAAACCACACCAUGGAAGAAGAGGGACCAGCUGAGGCAACUAUUGAUUUUGUGCCCGCUAUCUGCUUUGUACCUCGCGGUAUAGCCAAAGAAAAGCCGGACAAAAUUGUUUUGACACAAGAAGAAUUGGCUAGAGUUAUUAAAGAUACCAAAGAUCGUUUGGAUAGUGAUAAUGACGAUGAUGCCGAAGAUGACGAUGAAGAGGAGCAGCAAGAAAAUGAAAUGGAUGUUGACAAUGAAAUGGAAGAGGACGAUGAUGAUAUAGAUGAGGAGACUAAUGAGAAUCGUAAUCCUGAUGAUGAGUUUGCUUUUGAUCGUUAUGACAAUGAGGGUAAUCCUAGAGUGGCUGAUAUUGGUAAUAUUGUGGACCCCGACCAUCAAUUACCCGAUGAGGAUGAUGACUCUGAGGCAGAAGAUGAAAUUAUAAAACCUACCGACAAUUUGUUGCUGGUGGGUCAUGUACAAGAUGAUGCUGCCAGUAUGGAAGUUUGGGUAUUCAAUGAAGAAGAGGAAAGUUUAUAUACUCAUCAUGAUUUCCUAUUACCCAGUUUUCCUUUGUGUAUUGAGUGGAUGAAUCAUGAUCCUGGCAGUGAUAAACCUGGCAAUAUGUGUGCCAUAGGCUGUAUGGAUCCUGUAAUCACUGUAUGGGAUUUAGAUAUACAAGACUCUAUAGAGCCCACCUUUAAAUUGGGUUCGAAAGGCAGUCGUAAGAAGAACAAAGAAGCCUAUGGUCAUAAAGAUGCUGUUUUAGAUUUGUCCUGGAAUCGUCAAUAUGAACAUAUUUUAGCUUCUGGUUCAGUAGAUCAAACUUUAAUUCUAUGGGAUUUGGAUGAAGGACAACCUCACACUACUAUAACCGCUUUUGAAGAGAAAGUCCAGUCAAUUGGUUUCCAUCCUGAGGAAGCUCAAAGCAUUUUGGCCGGCUCUGCUGAUGGUUUAGUGCGUUUAUUCGAUUGCCGUGAUCCAGAACAGGUAAACACCUCCUUUGUCAAAUGGCAAAUACCUGGAGAAGUUGAAAAGGUUCUCUGGAAUACUUGUGAUAGUAAUUACUUUAUUAUUGGCUCCAAUGAGGGUUCCUUACACUAUGCUGACAAACGUCAACCCAAAAAAUUAUUAUGGUCUUACAAGGCCCACGAAGAGGAAAUCUCUGGCAUUUGCUUCAAUUCCGAGGUAAAGAAUCUGCUAACCUCCACCUCUACAGAGGGUUGUCUGAAAAUCUGGAAUUUCAAUACUGCCGAAAUUAAGCCGGUCUACUCACAUGACUUCCAAAUGGGACGUUUGCAGUGUAUGAAACAGUGUCCCGAAGAUCCUUUCACUUUGGCGUUUGGCGGUGAGAAACCUCCACGUUGCCGUGUCUUCAACAUCAAGAACUUUGAGGCAGUACGACAAGUAUUUAAUAUACCCACUGUGGAGCAGGAAUAAUUUGUUAAUUUGACAUUUAUUUUGACGCAGGCGUAUUUCCCAUUUUUUACAAAGUUUUCUUUUUUAAUUCUUAUGUACAGUUUUUCAUAAAUUAGUAAUUAAUUUACUAUUAUCGCUAAUAAUUUUUAUUUUAGUAAAAAAUAAAUAUAACUUUUAAAUACAAGUUAA